UAAACACAUAUAAACACAAAUAAACACAUAUAAACACAUAUAAACACAGAUAAACACAAAUAAACACAACUAAAGCAGACGGAUUAAUAAAACGUGAAUAAUCUUUGUGCCUGAAACCGGUUCAGUAAAGACGAGUCUGUUCAUCAUGAAGCAUGUGCAGCUACAAGAUUAAAAGAAGAGUUUUAUUGAUUAAAUAUCUUUAUUUCUUCAUUUCGAUGAGGAAUCCGACUUCAUGGAACAAAAAGAUGAGUUCUUUCAUAAAUCAUCGGCCGUCAGUGACGGGACGUCUUCAGGAUCAGGUGCAGACAUUAAAGAAGGAAAGUUCAUUACGUCAUUUCACAGCAUUCACGUUUUACAUUCGUUCAACUUCUAUUGAGUUCAAUGAGGCCGGCUGUAGAAACACAUCAACUCAUCAUGUGAUCGAUGUUCUCAUGUUUCCUUCUUAUUGGUCUCAAACAGAUCAACCUGUGAUUGUAACCAGAUUCAUAAAGCAUAAAACAUUCAUAUAACUCAUUAUAGUUGGCCUCAGUGAUUCAUGCUACUCAUCUAGCUCAUGCUAUUAGCUAGCACACAGGUCAUGCCAGCGAUGAAGGUGAAGAUGAAGAGACUGUAACAUGUGAUACCAGCCCUCUGUUUGCUUCCAUUAAACCUUCAGCUGGAUUAUUUCUUAGUCUUUAUCUCCAAGUUAAUGCCGGACGUCUCAACAGAGCUGCUGCUGGCUACCGUCAGCUAAACAAAGCUAAAUGCUAAUGCUAACGCAACAAGUUCAUGGAGGAGCAAAGUAAGAAGUACCGACCGGUAUAAAGGUCCGGAUACAAGAUGUAAGUGAUAUGUAAGGUAUAAAGAGUCGUGUAAAAUGAAAGGACCAAACAGCAGAGCCCUGUGGAAGCCCGUCACUCUCCACACAUCUGAAUUAUUCUGGAUUUUGUGUUUACAUUUAUUGAUAUUUUCAUACAUAUUUAUAUUUGCACUCUUCCUGCUCUUUCCCUCAACACAAUGGUCCGAGUUCCUUCUGUAAUGUUGACUUUUAAAUCAAGUAUUUCUGUUGAUUUUACCCAUAUUACAUGAUUAUUGAUGACAUAAACGUAAUAAUAACUAUCUUUUCUCCCGAUGCCUUCACAGACCGUCAGCAAGUACAACUCUCAGUACCACAAACUGUUCCAGACGGUUCCUAGAGAGGAGAUCCUGAUGAAAGUGUAUUCGUGUGCGUUGUUGAGAGACAUCCUGCUGCAGGGACGACUCUACAUCUCCAGGAACUGGUUGUGUUUCUACGCCAACCUGUUUGGUAAAGACAUCAAGGUGUGUAUUCCGGUGGUCUCAGUUCGUCUGGUGAAGAAACACCGAACGGCCGGCCUGGUGCCCAACGGCCUGGCUAUCACCAUGGAUACCGCUCAGAAGUACGUCUUUGUGUCCCUGCUGUCCAGAGACAGCGUCUACGACGUCCUCAGGAGGAUCUGCACUCACCUGCAGGUGAACGGGAAGAGUCUGAGUCUGAAGCUGUACCUGGAGGAGCCCAUCUCUCUAUCCAUGGACGAGUUUCCAGAGGUGUUGAAGUGGAGGAGGAAGCCAUCGCUCCCCACCGUGUCCUCCUCCCUCCCAGACCUGCUGGGGACCUCCUCCCCCGGCCUCGUUGCAGACACGCCCUUCAUCACGCACACACUCACAGACAGCAGUUUGGAAACAGAGAAGAUCCUGCUGACAGAACCAGUACCUGAACUGGGUCACAUGGAGUACCAGCUGCUGAAACUCUUCAUCCUGCUCGUCUUCCUCCUGGUCCUGUCGUCCUGCUAUCUGGCCUUCAGAGUCUGUCGUCUGGAGCAGCAGAUGAGCUUCCUGAGCAGCCAGCCGACGCUGAGAGAAAGGUGUGGAGAGCUGCCCUGCUGGCUGGCCAAUCAGAGGACAGGAACUUGACACUUGGAGCCAGUCGGGGAGUAGAAGAAGAAGAAAAACCUGCAGUUACAAAGACUUCCCACCAGGGGGCGGCGGUGAGCCGGAGACAGACACUGUAGCAGGCAUCAGCAGCUGGACUCUGACUCCGCCUCUAAACCUGGUCACCAUAGAGACGUCACGAUAGUCAACAGACAUGGCGGCCGACCUUUGACCUCCCGAGGACGAGGUCACGGAGAGGUCAGGAGGCCGGAGGGAUGACGACAUGCUGUAACAUAACAGUUUGUGUGUGUAUGUGUGUGUGUGUGUGUGCAUAGACUUUAUAGAAUGAUGUGUCAAACAAUUCAGCCAAUCAAAUCGCAGUACAUUUCUCUCGGUCACGGCUACAGUUGGUGUGUAAACGUGUACUUUAGAGACAUUGUUACACCUAAGUUACCUUUAUUAAAUAUAAAUCUACAUUUACCUGAAACUUUUUAAAGUUUGAAGUUAAUAAAUUAUAAGUGGAGCAAAUGUUACAUUUGGUUGCAAACUAAGAACUUCCACUUCUACUCCACCAGGGGGCGUUUCAGCUGAAGAGUGAAGUCAUGUGAAGUCAUGUGUUAAAGCUGCAUUCUCUCUAGUGUCCACCAGGGGGCGACUCCUCU